GAGGGUGUCAGAUUAAGACUACACGGGGGGUACUUUAACGAGUGUUUCAUUGAAUCGUGAGUAGGAUAUGAUGUUGCAACAAUUGUUGCCCCUGCUCUCCCUAGCGCCGCUACACCGCGCAUGUGCGAGGUCUGUGGUGAGGACAAAUGUAUCAACAGCUUCCCCAAUGCAACCCAGGUAUCCUCUCACGACCACGAACACGACGUCUGCCACGAGUGCUUUGCCAUGCACCUCGACGUUGAAGUCGACUCGAAGAUGUGGGACCAAAUCUCCUGCCCUCAGUGUCCUUCCCUUCUCCAACAACACGAGAUACAGAACCUCGCUACCCCUGAGUGCUUCGCAAAGUACGCCCGCUUUGCUCGUAGAGCAGCUCUCUCCAGCAACCCUGACUACAGAUACUGCUUCUCCACCAGUUGUGAGUCUGGUCAAGUCUAUGAGGGUCAAGAGCCCGUGUUCUCCUGUCAGGAGUGCGGUCAUAGGCACUGCACUGUUUGCGAAGUCGACUGGCAUAAGGACGAAACUUGUGAGCAGUAUCAAGCACGCAAUCAGGUCCAGAAGGGAUACGAGGCAGAGUCCGAGGCAACACUCCAAGCCACUUCAAAGCCCUGCCCCAACUGCCAGGCCAGAAUCGUGAAGAGCGACGGCUGCGACCACAUGCUCUGCUCUCAAUGCCAACACCAGUUCUGUUGGGCCUGCUUGGCUGACUUCAUCCCCAUCGCUCGUCACGGUCUUCACAACCACCAUCCCGACUGUCCAAACCAUCGCCCUGCUGGUGAUAUCAACGAAGACAUGAUCGCACACGCCAAUGCAAUGCUGCUGAUGGCAAAUGGCAGAUUCCAGGAGAUGCUUGAAGAGAUCUUUGGAUUCAGAUUGCAGUAGUCGAUUGAUACGAAUGGGAGUACGUACAGAGAUACAGUAAUAAUGAAACUUUCCGAUGGCACGAACACCGUUGCCCCUGUUCCCCUGAGCUCUUCCUUAUCUCACUGUUAGGGGUGGUGCUAGAUGAAUUCAGUGAAAUUGCAGGAUGAAAUUUCGUUUUGCGUAAAGAUCCAAAGAGAGCUGGAAAAAUAAGCAGUGAAAUCAGACUUUCAAUGGUCAGUCAGAGCGGAACGAAAGUCAUCUUGCAUCUCGAUGCAAUAUAUCGGGCCUAGGAGAGCAGUACUAAAUCCAACCUUCCUAGUACCCCUUGAUGCUCGCGUAUAGAGCCCUGCCAUCCUUCUCAUAUGAACGUGUCAGUCCAGAAUACGCCAGUAGGAUUGCAUGAUGAUUUUACAUUCUGUAUGUGCCUCCAGAGAGAGUCAUGAUUGAU